AUGUCGGGCCAGCUGAACAAAUGGAAGGAGGAGCAGAUCCUCAUCAUCUGCCCCGGCAGCCACACGACGAUGGCCCAGCUUGGGUGCAAUGAGCUGACGCCGCCUGCCUUCCGCGUGCCGACGCGCAUGUUCCGCGACGAGGAGACGGGCGAGUGGCGGCCGUACCGCACGUUUAAGCGCAAGAAGCAGCAGCCGAAGCAGAAGCAGAAGCAGCUCGCGUUGACGGCAAACGGCGACAGCGGCGCCGACGGCAAGGAGGACGAGUGGGAGUAUGUGGAGGACCCCGAGUCGGACGAGGGUGCCGUGUACCCCAUGCAAGGCGGUUAUAUUAUCAACAUGGACGCCUUUCUGGCCUUCCUCGAGCAUGUCCACGGCCUGCUGACGACCACCUACCACAACACGCCCAUUGUGCUCAUGACCUCGUCGCAGUGGACCCGGCCCGACUGCGAGGCCAUUGCCCUCUACAUCUUUGAGAAGACGCGCACGCCCGCGCUCUGCAUGAUCAACAGCGCGCUCGCCACGCAGUACGGCCUCAAGUGGCCCCACAUGACCGUCAUCGACAUUGGCUACGAAAAGGUCGACGUCACCUGCAUCUACGACAGCCGCAUCGUCAACCACCUGGGCGUCGGCCCCACGGGCGAGCCGGGCGAUUCGGGCGACGACCGUGCCAUCUCGGGCGGUGAGGUCUUUACGCAGCGCCUCCGCGCGCUGCUGCGUGACAAGAACUUUACACAGGAGAUGGCCGAGCAGCUCAAGAAGAGCAACAUCUGCGAGGUGCUGCCGUACGCGCCCGAGUUUCCCAAGCUCAUGGAGUUGCCCGAGGACGACACGUCGGCCGCGACCGCCGCCGCUGCCCCCAGCGGCCCUGCGGCUGUCCUGUCUGCGGCAGCCGGAACCGACGACCCGCAGGCUGCCAGUGCUCCCACGACCGGCGCUGCCACUGGACCCGUAGCCGAUGGUGCCGACGAUGCGGAUGACGGCGCACUGCCGGUGGCAGACGACGGCGUGCUUGACGUGGCCUCGAUUGUGACGAGCGGCCAGACCAAGGAAUUCCUCGCCAAGAAGGACAAGGAGCGGUCGGAGCGAGGCCGCUUCGGUCGGCGCGGCAAGGACAAGGAGGCCGAGGCGGCCGCGGCACGGCCGGUUCGCCUACCCAACGCCAAGCGGGCGCGCGUUACCUUCCACUAUGAGGAGCUUGUCGAGGAAGAAGAGGAGGAGGACGAAGAGGCGCCUCUGCCGACCAGCAACGGCGUGCGCAACGAUGCGACGGGCGCCAACGGCAAAGGUCGCCACGAAGACGGGGAGGGUAGCGAAGAAGGCUCCGAAGGCGAGGGCUCGGAGAUGGACGAGGAUGAGGACGAGGAGGGCGAAGGGGACGACGACGCCGACGGUGCACCAAAGACAGACAAGACAGCGCAGGCAGACGCAGCGGUCGGCGACAAGGACAAGGAGGCCGACAAGCCCAAGGACGGCAGCGCAGCACGCAGCACAGAAGUGAAGGGCGAGGACACGCCGUCCGUCGCAGCACCAGCACCAGUGGCCGACAAGGCCGCAUCCGCGGACCAGCCGUCGGAGGAGAAGCCCAAGGAGGAGACCUCUGCUUCCACGGCCGACGCGGCCGAGAAGCCAAAGGCAGCCGAGGCGCCUGUCACGACAACAGAUGACAAGCCCGCCACGCCAAAGGCUGCGACCGAGGACGCCGUGAUGGAAGACGCCCCAACCGCAAAGGAGGAGACGACGGAGGCGGAUGCUGCCGCUGCCAAGCCCGCCGAGACCGAGACGCCAGCAACGACGUCGACGGAGCUGGUCCCCGCCACCCCGGCGGCGCCUGUGGUCGUGGAGGAGGCCCCCGUGGCCGUGGUCGAGGAGCUCAAGGGUCCGCGCUACAAGCGGCAGCGGCGCGACUUCGAGAUUGGUCUCGAGCGGUUUACGUUCGCGGACCGGUACGAGAUUGACCGCAUCGUGUCCACCAUCUACCGAGCCGUGCAGGGCAUCGAGGAGAUGUACAUGCGCCCGCCGUGCUGGGAGAACCUCGUGUUUGUUGGCAACGGCUGCCGCCUGCGCGGCCUGCGCGAGAACAUUCUGCAGACGCUGAACGCGCGGCACCUGAUCUCGCCGUCCACGGCGACCAUAUUCACGUCGGAGCUUCCUAGCAACAUGGGCACACCGUCGGGUACGGGGUCGCAGACGCCCACGGGCAGCUUCAACACCCCGCCGCACCAGCUGCCGACCUCGUCGUCGGUCAACCCGCUGCUGCAGGCCGCCACGACGGCGUCCCUGGCGGGCGCGCUACCGCCGGGCUCUGUCACGGGCGGCGGCCCUGGCUCGGCGGCGGGCGGCGAUGCCGGCGGCGCGCACUCGCACCAUUUCCACUCGCAGACGCCGACGGCGAUCAAGCUCGCGACGCUGCCGACGUACCUCGGCGAGUGGACCAAGAACGGGUUCGAAGAGGCCAUGUUCCUGGGCGCACAGGUCGCGGCGCGCCUGGCGUUCUGCGUGCACAACCUGGACGUGGCGGGUCUGGAGAGCCAGCGGCAGAUGAGUCUGACGCGCGUGGAUUACAAUGAACUCGGCCCCAAGGGCAUUCGCACGCAUGCCAUGCUGGGUUAG